ACCUGAAUGCGAGGUAGUGACUUCAUGGUGUGGCGCGAUUAUUAUUUACACUUCGAUAAGGAACAGUCAAUUGUGCAUCGAGCAAGGAAAUUGGCGCUGCCAUGGAGCCGCGGGACUGCUGAUUUUGACCGAGUUUCUCUCAAUUUUGGUGCCGAAGCGGGGACCCCCAAGAUGGAGCGGUGGACCGUGUACGCGGUGACGCUGCAGAUCUUCGCCGCUAUCGCUCGUGCUACCGAGGAUUUUCGCCACAUCUCGUACGAAGAUUUAGCAGACACCAGCAUGUUUCGACAAGAGGGAGUCACGACUUAUUCUCAGCUGCUUUUCGACGUGGCGCGACAGCAGGUCGUCGUCGGAGCACGGGAUAAUUUGUACCGCUUGACUCUGACGUCGCUGACGGACCUGGAGCACGCCUCCUGGUCCGCGCCGGAGGACAAGGUCAAUACCUGUCAGAAUAAGGGCCAGAGUGUCGAGGACUGUCAUAAUUACAUCAAGGUGCUCCUCAGCAACGGCAAGAGUCUCUUCACCUGCGGCACUUACGCAUUCAGCCCGUGGUGCACGUGGCGAGAGAUCGAGAAUAUAACAACCGUGACCAGUGAGAUGUCGGGCGUGGCCAUGUGCCCGUACUCACCGCACACAAAUGUCACGGCACUUCUCUCGAGGGGUCCUUCCGGUGGGCUCUUCGCCGGCGCGUCGACGGAUUUUUCCGGAGCUGAUUCCACGAUCUACAGAACACUGGCCUCGCCGAAUCUCAGGACUCAGCAAUACGAUUCUAAGUGGCUGAACGACCCGCAGUUCGUCGGCAGCUUCGAGACCGAGGAUCACGUGUACUUUCUAUUUCGCGAAUCCGCCGUGGAAUACAUCAACUGCGGCAAGAAAAUAUACUCGAGGAUAGCAAGGGUUUGUAAGAACGACCGAGGUGGUGGAGAGACGUGGUACAUGGUGAAGGACGUGUGGACGACUUUCAGCAAAGCUCGUUUAAAUUGUUCUCUACCUGGCGAAUUCCCAUUCUACUACGAUGAGAUCCAAGGCGCGGCUUAUCAUCCGGAAGAGGGAACGAUUUAUGCGACCUUCACGACUCCAAUUAACGGCAUCGCGGGCUCGGCGAUCUGUGCGUUCGACAUGUCGGCCGUCGCCGCGAGUUUUAACGGGCCUUUCAAGCAUCAGGAAAACGCGGGCGCCGCCUGGGAAAGACGACCGAUCACCCAUCGUCAUCAUCAAAGCUGCGGACCUCUAUCCAGCACCAAUCCGCAGCAGGUCAUUGACAGUCAGUGGUACCAGCUGAUGGACGACGCGGUGCAGAGCACGAUGCUGGAACCGCUGCACACCGCGACUCUCGAGCGGUUCACUCACAUCGCUGUGGACGUUACUCCGACCAAGCUCCAUCGCAGCGUGACCGUUCUCUACGUCGCCACGGCGACCGGUCUGAUCAAGAAGAUCUCUGUCCUGCCUAGAACGCAGGAGACCUGCAUCGUCGAAGUUUGGGGACCCUUGCCCUCGCCACCGCUGACGUUGCAAUUCCUCAAAGACACACAGAGUCUCUAUGUCGGCAUGGAAAGUGGCCUCUUGCGCAUACCUGCCGUUCAGUGUCACCGUCAUCGGAGCCGUCAAGCGUGCUUGAACGCCCAGGAGCCAUAUUGCGGGUGGAACGAGCAUCUCAUGAAGUGCGCACAGGCACCGAAGCAGGAUUAUUUGGCGAAUCAUUGGCAUCAGGAGGUCACCAAAUGUCCAGUGCUUACCGAUCCUGUCGACGGAGGCUGGAGUGCGUGGAGUCCAUGGUCGCCCUGCCAGCACAGCACAGGAGAACAAUCAUCCGAACAUCACGCUCACUCGCAUUCACAUAGCGAACACACAGAGAAGAUCGACACGUGUCAGUGUCAGACCAGGGAAUGCAAUAAUCCACCACCACAGCACGGUGGCGAGAGUUGCACGGGUGCGCGUGUCAGAGUGACAAAUUGCACCGUACACGGCGGUUGGACCGCUUGGUCAGGUUGGUCGUCGUGCUCUCAGACCUGCGGUUUCGCGAUGAAAACCCGCCGGCGAACCUGCACGAAUCCGGCGCCUGCAUUCGGCGGACGAGUUUGCGUCGGGCACGAUCACGACGAUAUCAUGUGCAUCGAUCUGCCGCCCUGUCCCGUUCCCGCCAAAGCCAAUCCGCCGCCUCAAAAUGGUCAGUGGUCGGCCUGGGGACCCUGGCAGGCGUGUUCGAAACCGUGCAACGGCGGAAUACGCGUCAGAAAGAGAAUGUGCGACAGUCCAUCGCCGAAGAAAAGUGGUAUCGAAUGUCCAGGAUGCGAUUUUCAGAUCGAGGAUUGUAAUACUCAUGAAUGUGCUGAAACGAAGCGGUACUCCGGAUGGACUCCUUGGUUGGCCGUGAAUUCUAGUUUGCAAAGCGGUAGCACGGUUUAUCUGGAGAAACGUUUCCGAUUCAGCUGUCGUGCGCAGACGUAUGAUCCUUCGAGCGUGCGAGUGCAACUCGCCAAGGAGGAAGAACGUUUCUGCAGGAAUGACGGGUCCUGCUUAAGAGGGAAAGAUGCGUACGUGGAGUCCAACGAGGGUGGCUGGGGUGAAUGGUCUUCUUGGGGCUCGUGCAGCCGUCCUUGUGGAAGAGGUAUUCAGCAUAGGACGAGACAAUGCGAAGCGCCGCCUUGCGAUAUUGGUCUCAGUACACAGAACAGAGUCUGCAAUUCGCAUCAAUGUAACGUGAAUUCUGGCAAUGGCAAUACAGUAGAAGGUCAAUGGUCCUGUUGGACGGAAUGGUCCGAGUGCUCGGCCACCUGUGGUAUAGGAGUGCGUACGAGGACGAGAGAAUGCCUCGGUCCAGAAAGUUGCAAUGGUCCAAGAAUGGCCAGAGAAAACUGCGAAAUAGCCAGUUGUGAAUCGCUUGCCGGUUGGGACACUUGGUCGCAUUGGACUCCUUGCGAUGGCGACCGUCAGCAACACCGGAAGCGAACGUGUCUUCAGCAUGGACUUGGCAUGUGUCAGGGACUGACUCGUGAAACACGCGAUUGUCUUCCGGACUGCUCGGAUAAUGAUGUAAACGCCUUGCCUUCAAGCGUGGAGACUUUGGGCGUCACGGUGGGCGCGGCGGCGAGCGGCUGUGUGGCCAGUUUCAUCAUUGGCAUAGCCUUAACCGUGAUGUUAUGCUUCUAUUACGUGAAGCGACGCAAGUCGAGCAUUCCAGGGAGUCCACAUUAUAUCAGUAAACAGAAUUCUUACGUCACCGUGCCGUUGAAAGAGGUAAACGCAAAGCGACAGCCCAGUUUUUCGGGCAGCACCAAUGGAAACGGAACUCUACGCAACAAGAACAAUCCCAAUGUCAACGGCCUUGGCAGUCCCAAGUUAUAUCCAAAGAGUCUAGACUACGAAUCCGCCACCCUGAAGCGUAACAGUCACGGCCAGCAACAUAUCCGUGCCGAUCUCGAUCAAGACAAGUAUUACUGAGCGAAUUAUCUGCACGGAUAUCAGCAUCGUCUGAAUGGCGAUCUAUGGUCUUUUCAGACACGUGACUUUUGUGAUUUAUUUAUUCAGUGAAUCGCAAAUAAUAUUGCUGAUGGCAAACGCAAACUUAUUUUAUACAUUUGGCAGCUGUGAAUAAACUUUGUUGAUCGAUUUGCCGUUCGAUUAAUGUGAAAGUGACAAGUGUGAAAACAAACUUCCUUUUACGGGAAGAGUGUAUCUACUUAAUUAAGUUAAGGCGAUAUACAUACAAUCAAGCAAGUGCCUGUCUGGAAGAUUAUGUUUUUAGUAUUAGGUAAGCGAUUUACGCAAUCUUCGAUGUUCGAGAGUUAAUGACGUUGCAAUUAACGACACAAAUAAGUUGACGAGGUUGUUCAGUGUCGAAUAACAAAAAUUCGAUGAUUUAAAAGGAAUAUGACAAUAUUUUUUUUCAGUCGUCGUCUUUUAAGACACAAGAUACUUGUUGUGGCAUUUUGUGAUGCGUCCGGUGUACGAUGCCAUAACUCGGCGAACCCUAAGGAGAAAGUCAAUGUUCCGAGGAAGUUUAUAACAGUUUAUUUUUUGUUUUUGUAUAUAUAUUCUUCGUUAAAAGAGAGAGAGACAGAGGAUGCAAACGGAUGAAAUCGAGAAUCAAAUCCGCUCACUCUUGGGCAUUCGCCUUUGACUCAUCUGUAUAAAGUUUCAUAAUUUUUCAUAUAAAUAAAUUUUUAUACAUUUAA